ACAGGGAGAACGAAUCACCAAUCCUUGUCCACCGCCAUUGAUAUUAUAUCCCUUAAAACUUAAAGCUUUUAAGUCGUUUGGUGUAAACCAUGAAGCAAAAAAUGGUGAUCAGGGUGUGCAUGAAUGGCGACAAGUCUCGCUCCAAGGCUCUUCAAAUUGCUGUUGGGAUUUAUGGCGUGGAAUCAGCAGCUUUAGGAGAAAAAGAUAAGAACCAACUAGAAGUGAUCGGAGAAGGUGUAGAUCCAGUGAAACUAACUGCUUCACUAAGGAAGAAGAUGGCAAAGCCCAACUUACUCAGCUGUGUAUUACCAGAUAAUAGGAUGGGGUAUGCAGAGCUAAUAAGCGUCAGCGCUGUAGGAGAGAAAAAAGAAGAGCCAAAAAAAUUUGAAGCGCCUGUCGUUGUGUCGUGUGGGGGCAGUGUUCCUCUACCGCAGUAUAAAUAUGUGUGCUAUGGGGACCCUGAUCCCUACCCUUCUUCUUGCUCCAUCUUGUGAGAAUUAACCAACUCUACCAUAAUACCUAUAUAGAUUGGAUUACACAGAAAGAGAGAAAAGUCUGCAACUCAUUUUUUUAUUUUUUUUCACCUUGUCUA